UAGGGUUUAUCGCCAGGGCAAUGCUUUGAGGAUCUUGAGCUAUGGGGUUGAAGAUGAAGAAUAUCAACGCAUUCGCGCACGCGGAUGAGCAUCUCACGCAGAAGACGGUCUCUGGAGCCAUUUUGACGAUUGUGGGAGUGAGCAUCAUUCUCGUUUUGUUUGCGUACGAGUUUAAGUUCUAUCUCUCGACGAAUGUCGUGCACCAGGUUUGGGUCUUUCUUCUGGUUUUGCUUGGAGGAUUGAUCAUUCUUUUUGGAAACCAGAUGUCGGUAGACACGACGCGCGGGCAAAAUCUUCCAAUUCACAUUAACAUUACGUUCCCCUCACUGCCUUGCCAGAUUCUGAGCGUGGAUGCUAUCGACAUGUCUGGCAAACACGAAGUUGAUCUAGACACGAACAUUUGGAAGCUUCGUCUCCACAAAGACGGUCACAUUUUGGGAUCGGAGUAUCUAUCAGACCUUGUUGAGAAGGAACAUGCCCAUGAUAACCUCACAGGCAUUUUCCAUUCGCAUGAGGAACUACGGAGCGCCGUAAAGGUUGUGAACGAAAUCAACAAGGCACUUCAAGAUGGGGAAGGCUGCCGGGUUUUUGGUGUUCUAGACGUGGAAAGAGUUGCGGGAAACUUCCAUAUCUCCAUGCACGGGAUGAGCCUCCAGGUUGCGCGCCAGAUCUUCCACAGCGUCAAGGAAGUUAACGUGAGCCAUAUAAUCAACGAUCUCUCGUUCGGACCAAAGUAUCCCGGGAUUCACAACCCGCUGGAUAGAACUGUGCGGAUUUUACGUGACACCGCGGGCACAUUCAAGUAUUUCAUCAAGAUCGUGCCAACAGAGUAUAGAUACUUGAAUGGUGGAAAGCUUCCUACAAAUCAGUUCUCAGUGGGAGAGUAUUAUUUAGCUGCUCGAGACGACGACAUAAGCUGGCCAGCGGUCUACUUCUUGUACGAUUUAUCGCCCAUCACGGUGUUAAUCAAAGAGGAAAGGAGAAGCUUUGGACAUUUGCUUACGCGAUUCUGUGCUAUUGUUGGCGGGACCUUUUCUUUGACAGGGAUGCUUGACCGCUGGAUAUAUCGACUCGUAGAAAGCAUCACGAGAGCUAAGGGUGUCUUGAUCUGAUAACACACAGUGUAGUUAUCUAAGAACACAUUUACUUACUGACAGUCACAGAUCUCGCAAAGAAGAGCUUGUCCUUGGAUCUGUUAAUCGAGGUAAUCGAAGUCGUCAUUUAUUCCCA